CAAGACAGAGAACGACAGGGGGGAUUUAAAUAGGAAGUAGCAAAAAUCAUUAGAACAGUAUUUUUUUUUUUGCUGGAUGGCAUAAGUAACUGAAAAGACAAAAGUAGCUAUUGCUCAAAAAGAAAAUAACCAAUGACAUGGAGUUUACAAGGCGUUACUUGCCAAUGGAGUGGGAAGAACGGUGGAGGAGAGAGAAGGAGAGAAGGAAAAGAGUUGUUGAAGAAGGUGGUGAAGGUAUAGAACAGGACAACCGGGAGCUACGAAGAAUUGUUGCUUACAAUGAUUCGAGAAUGGGCUUGACAAGUAGGAGUGACAAAAAAGAGACUCGAGAUGGAAUGAACGGUACUAGUCAGGAGGGAAUUGCGGAGCACAUAAGCGCUGAAAGCUUGGGAGCUGAAGAGAAUAAAGUCCAGGCAUGCCACAACAAAACCUACCCUAAAGAGGUGUUUGUAGCUCUGAAAGAAUUCUUGGAUUCAUCUCUUCUUACAGACCUGACAUUGACAACUGAAAAUCAGAAAAGCUUCCAAGUGCACUCCCUUAUCUUGGCUGCUGUCAGUGGCUUCUUUCUGGAAAGACUACAGGAUAAAAGUGAGGAGAAAUCUGACAAUAGUGAGGACAAAGAUGGAGUCCAGAGGUGGUCAAUGCAAUUGAGUUCAGAGGUUGACCAUAUUGGGCUUCAGGCUGUUGUUGAGUUUGCCUACACUGGGCUUGUGUCAUCUUUGAACAAUGAUAAUAUGGCCCGGAUCAAAGCUGCAGCUCAAGUUCUUGCAAUUCCAAGACUUGUGGACAUCUGCAAAAACAAGGAAAGAAAGGAGAACAGUGAAUGUUUCAAGAAAGAAGCACAAACCAUCUCUGCUCUAGAACAAAUAAAAACUACUCUUCGGUCCAUUGAACAGUUGUGGGCAGAUAGAGUGGGGUGUGAUGUCAUUUUGGACGUGGAUGGAACUUUUUUCCAUGUCCACAGAAUUGUUUUGGCAGUAAGCAGUGAUUACUUCCGUGGCAUGUUCACAAGUGGAAUGAGGGAAUCCCAUCAGAGUUGCGUUGCCCUUCCUUUCCUGUCUACAUCUGAAUUAGAGGCUCUUAUUGGCUACUCAUACAGUGGGAUCCUUUUACUUAGCUGGGACUCUGUUUUUGAGAUUACCUGCAUGGCGCUUCAGCUUCAAUUCCAAUCUGCUCUAUCAAUUUGCCUCAACUUUAUGAAAAAAGAGAUCCAGGCAAGCUCCUGCCUGGAUGUGGCAUCUUUUGCUGAAGCAUAUGAAAUAUCAGACCUUCUUGAGGAGGCCAAUGACUUUGUGUUGAGGAACUUUAUGGAAGUAUCAGGCACAACAAAGUUUCAGGACCUACAAGCAGAAAAGCUUUUAAGCUUCCUUCGCUGCGAUGGCCUUUGUGUACCUUCAGAGUUGGCUGUAUUUCGAGCCGUAAUCUCAUGGAUUGAGGCUGAUCCCGAAGAAAGAUUGGCCCAUGCAGGCUUACUCAUGACUGGAGUUCGCUUCCCCCUCAUGACCUUUCGAGAGUUCAGAGAGGUUAGAGCCAUUAAUCUACGCAUGGAGUGCUUUGGCAACAAAGAGGUGGAACUUUAUGGUUCAGCACUUAAAGAAUUUGGUUUCAGCCUUCCAAAGUCCCAGGAUCACUGGCGGAUCAGGCGACCAAAAGAUACUCUAGUUCUGGUUGGAGGAGACCAACUGAAUCCAGAUGUUGGUCAGCGCAUACCGAGCAGGGAAGUGUGGUUUGCAAACUCCCUACGCAGUGGCACAGGGUUGGUGAAAGACGUUGAAUGGAGGAGAUUGACUGAGAUUCCAGAUAAACCAAAGUUUAGGCAUGGAGUUGCCGUAAUGGAUGGGAAGCUGUAUGUGAUUGGAGGGUGCUUCUUUUAUGCAAAGGAUGACAUUAUGAAAACUGCCUACAGUUAUGACCCAGUGAAUGAUUGCUGGAAGAGGCUGGCAGACAUGCAGGAGUUCAGAAGUAACCUCUCAGUCGUGGUACGUGAAUCACAUCUUUAUGCCAUUGGUGGAGAUAAAGACAUCAACACCAACGUAGACAGUGUUGAGAUGUACAACCCAGACACUGACUCCUGGAGCUUUGUCCAACCGCUGGACCUGGCUCUGAGUGGGCAUGCUGCUGCUAUCAUUAAUGGAGAGAUUUUCAUAUCUGGAGGUUUCAACUGCAAAUAUGAGUGCCUUGUUUCCACAUGUCUGUACCACCCAGAGAGGGGAACCAUCUACCUGGCAGACAUGACCUAUGAUAGAGCCCAGCAUUGCAUGGAAGCCCUACAGAGUCAUCUAUAUGUUGCCGGUGGAGUCUGUAACCUAAGGAAGUUUUACACUGAUCAACUAGUUUGUGAGGUAUAUGAUACUGUGGCUGAUUGCUGGACUACUUUUGCGUCACUGCCCAUGCCCCAUGUUGGUGCAGCCUCCAUUGUUAUGGAGGAGAAGAUCUAUGUACUGGGAGGGUAUUGCCAGGAUGACUACAGUGAGUCUGCACUGGUCCACCGCUUUGAUCCCAUCAUGCAGAGAUGGGAGACCAUGGGCAAACUGCCUGGAGCUGUUACAGACAUCCGAGCUUGUCUGAUGCACCUGCCCCAGCACCUCAGACAGUAACUGUUUUAUUAAAAUGAUACACUCCUCAAUUAGGCAGUCUGUUUAAACACUGAAAUUACUGCAAUAAUAGAAGUAAAAUAUUCAAAUGUGGAUAUCUAAGGCCUCAGUCACUCAGGCCUACAGACCAGUCAGCAAACCUUUUGAUAACCAUAAGUUGCUUGGAAAAAAUAUGUAUUCUCCAACCAGUUGGUGAGUGGUUGCUGGAGGUUGCUGGCAGUUGCAAAGAGGAUGCUGCACUAAGGCUGUUCCUUAUGACUAUUUUGGUUAAAACCUGUUUAACCCAGUCAACCAUGGUUUGGAUGGAAGAUGUUGAGUUGUUUGCAUGUAUUGUUUAACUUGCAGAGCAGUAGUAAGACUUGAAGUGCAAUGAAAACCAGAAGCAGAGACCAUUUGUUUAAGUGAAAAUUACGCCUUAUUGGUUAAAUCAACACAUUUCAAAAGGCACAAAUUUUACUUUGAAGGCAAGUGUUCCCUAAUUGAGGUAUGUGUUGGAGCUUUCAUGGUUUCACUAUCAUACAAAGAGCAGUUGGAGAGUGUUUGCAGAUAAGUCAGCAUCUUUGAUAUAAAACUAUAAGAAAUACAGAUAAUCUGCUACUGAUCAAAGUAAUUGCAAGAAAGUUUUUAGUACAGCACCAUAUAUCUCCUUGU